AUGGAACAUCUUAAAGGUUUGCUUGCUCCUAAAACACUUCACUGGUUCAGUUAUGUGGCAAAUAUCUGUUGGAUUGUGCUCGGAAUUAUCCUAUUAGCAAUCUUUGCAGACAUUGAAAACAACGAACCGAGAUUUGACUUUCGCUGUGGCUCAAAUGGCGACGAGGACCUCAUUCGUGGAAAGUGUUACGAACAGUAUGAAAAACAGUACAUAAAAUUUGGUAUUCCUUUGUAUGGGUUCGUGAUAAUUAAUUUCCUUGUUACUGCGAGUGUUUGUGGAAUUUACUCGCAGGUGGUGAAGUCGAGAGUCGAUGAACUCAUUGAACACGAGAAGAAUCAAGCAAAAGGGCGGACUCAACAGAGUAACAAUUCUGGAAGAAAGCUUUUCAAGGCGUACUGUUUGCAACUUCUUGCCAGAUUUGUCCUUGGGAUUUCUUUUGUCCUUCUACAGACCAAAUUACUUUAUCCUCUUAGCUUUCCAUCGAACUUUAACUGUAACUUAACAAGAGACGGUAAAUUAUCAGACAUUGCCGUGAUUCCAGUCAGUGCGUCGCACAACGAAACUCUAACACAAACGUCAUACGAAUGUCAUAAUCAACGAGCAGCUAAGAAGACCUUCUGGGCUAAUGCCGUGAUCGUUGUAACUGGAACUUUUACAUUUCUUGUGUUUAUCGAGGCUCUGUACAUGUUAUGGCGUGCAAGAAAAACAAGCGGCUUUAAACCCUUUACGGAGGACCAGGAAUUUCAAAAUUAUUAUCUGAGUUCGAAUACGUCAAAUUCAGAUUCUACGCCUUCUACAGGAAUCGAACUGGGUCCGUUAUCUAACAACGACGACGAUCACACCAAUCCUUCAUCCACCGUUCAACCCUGCAAUGAAUCCCCGCCAGAACCGUCGCAUAUUGACAAUCGAACCGAACUGCCACCAUCAAACGCGUCAGCCACGGCAUCCAGCAACCCUUCACAUGACUCGUCAAUCAACCCCACUCCAACAGACGAACAAACAUCCAUCUCAACCUUCAUCGAAAAUAUGAAGGAAUACGUCAAAAGAAAAACGGAACAAUCUGAUGAUAAAGAUCCUUUUGAUCCUAAUCCAGGUGAAGGCUCUCAAAGAGAUCAAACACUUGACCAAAUCUACACCAAUUUGGUUAUUCACAAGGGAAGAGUUAAUAUGCAUCUCUUCAUAGCUGGAGAUAGAAAGAAACGACUAGAAGACUACCCCAAACCCACGAAAAACUCGCGACCAACACAACCAGGAGAUAUUUUUGAUGCUAAAAAACAGAAGAUACUUGUUGUUGGUCGUCCUGGAAUUGGAAAAACUAUGUUUAGCACGAAGAUUCUCCGCAACUGGGCAUCCGAUAACUUGUUUAUAGAAGCAAAAAAAUCACUAGUGGAUUUCAAAGUCGCUUUCCUCAUCAAGCUAAGGAGGUUUAACUCGGCCAAGCAAGACGAAACACUCAGUCUUCGCGAGCUUCUGAAUCAGUCAGAGUAUUCCGCAGAAGAUCUAACCGAAGAGGUCUGGAAGUACAUUCUUCAAAACCCAAACAAAGUACUUAUAAUUUUUGAUGGAUUUGACGAAUACUCUGGUAAGACUAAAAUCGAUAACGAAAGCCAUCCGUACAGAGACAAUGAACAGCAAAGCAUGCCUAUUCAUUUCCUCUUCGAGAAAAUAGCAUCAGGAUACAUUCUUCGUGGUGCUACAGUUCUAACGACCACAAGACCGAACGCCGUGUCACGUAUCAGUAGACUCUACUUUCACAAAACCGUUGAGAUUCUGGGAUUUACAACUGAGCAAGUGGAUGAGUAUGUGCAGAAGUUCACGAAUGGCGAUGACCAGAAAGCAAACACCAUAAAGCAGCACAUUAACAGUAACCGUAACCUCUUGUCCUUUUGCUAUAUUCCUGUGAAUUGUUGGAUCAUUUGUUCGUGCUUGUUACAGUUGCUUGGCAACACUACUGGCUUAACCAGCCUCCCGACAAGACUGACAGAAAUAUACUCAAUUGCAAUAAAAAUGUUUUACUUUUGUUACGAUGAUAAUCAAUAUCGCCACGAUAAAGCCAAAGGUCAACAGUUUAUUCUAAAGCCGUUUAAGGAACUUUCUUCUCAUGUGCAAAAUGUGUUUGCACGUCUGGGAAAAAUUGCCUUUGAUGGAAUUAAAGAGGGAAAACUAAUUUUCGAAUCACAUGAAGUUAACGACCUAGAGAGUAAUGGCUUGUUUCACCGUUUACCUGAUACUAGAGACCGUCCUUUAGCUGAGCCAAGACCGCAAUAUUGUUUUUUACACCUGACGAUACAGGAGUUCUUAGCGGCGAAGUAUUUGGUGGACACGUACAGUGCCGAAGACCUGCAGAAGUUUGUUUCCGAUCACAUCCAAGAUGGCGCGUGGCAGGUUGUGAUGCAGUUUGUGGCUGGACUGCUGGCUGAAAAAGAAGGACAAUCAACAGAUAUUUUCAGCGACCUUCUUCCCUCAAAAACUUGUACUGAAGAAGUUGAAAUCGAGAUGAAUGAAGAUUCAGAGGAACGAACUGAAACACUGACCUUUUGGCCAGCUCCUGAACGCAGGUUAUUAGUGGUGACGCUAUUCAAUUGCAUGUAUGAGAACAAAGCCUCUGAUCGAGAAGUUCAAAAGAAACUGGCGAAAAUUGGUUGUAAUGCGCUUGAUUUUAGAGUGUGUAACCUGUCACCACUCGACUGUUUAGCAUUAGUGCAUGCACUUAAAUCUGUUGAAGGAAUUUUGUAUUUUGAUUUAACCGCCAACAACCUUCAGUCGCUAGGAUGUAUUGAGAUUGCGAAGUUGUUACCUGGCAACCAACACAAUCAGGGUUUUUGCGAACUAAAAAGAUUAAACCUCUUUAAUAACAACGUAACUGAUGAAGGAAUUGAACAUUUAGCUACAGCACUCACACACACUAACUGCACACUAAACAGUUUAAACCUCGAGUAUAACAACAUAACUGAUGAAGGAGUAAAACAUUUAUCCACAGCACUCACACACAUUAACUGCACACUAAACAGCUUAUACCUUGGGGAUAACAACAUAACUGAUAAAGGUAAAAAUCUCGUAAAGUCAAGGAACAUAAAAUGUAAAGUAUCUUUCUAA